UGGACAUCCGGAGCUGGCACGUCAGGCUGGGCAGCGGACAGAGGCACGUCAGGCUGGGCAGCGGACAGAGGCACAUCAGGCUGGGCAGUGGGCAACGGGACAUCAGGCUGGGCAGCGGGCACCGGGACAUCAGGCUGGGCAGCGGGCAUCGGGUCAUCUGGCACGACAGCGGGCACCGAGUCAUCUGGCACGACAGCGGGCACCGGGUCACCAAGCUCGACAGCGGGCACCGAGUCAUCUGGCACGACAGCGGGCACCGGGUCACCAAGCUCGACAGCGGGCACCGAGUCAUCUGGCACGACAGCGGGCACCGAGUCAUCUGGCACGACAGCGGGCUCUGGGGCGCCAGGCUGGACCACGGGCACCAAGCUGGACCACGGGCAUCGGGUCAUCAGGCUGUAUCGGGUCAUCAGGCUGGAUCACGAACACCGGGUCAUCAGGCUGGAUGGCAGGCUGACUGAUUUGGAUACUGGCAAG